CACCCUCAUCCCUCAGACCCUAUCCGCGUGAAAGCAAGCCAAGAUCGUUCAUAUCAUCGUUACUUGUCCAUAACGGCGGAUCAAAUUACUGAAUCGAGUAAGUGGGGCCCCAGUCGGAUUCGAGAGGAGGUCGGAUGAUAGCCCACCACUGCAAACCAAUGCUGACUUCAGUGAACUACGGCAAUCCAGUGUCGGGUACUGGCUCCCACGCACUGACGCCGUUAUUUACCCCACCCAGGCGAGAUAUGGGUAUAUUCGACCCGGGGGUGGGCAUAACGGCGGUUCAUAAGGACUUGGAAGGCCGACACCAUGGGCGGAUACGUUUGUCAGAUCAACACUCCAACGUCACCACGACAUGACAUCCGCACCAUCCCUUCUCACUCGAUUUCGCACGCCGUUAUGGCAAUCGCUGCUUGUCGGCUUGGUUCUCUUUUGCUGUCCCGGGAUGUUUGACGCAAUCAACGGUAUGGGCGCCGGAGGUCAAGCAGCCUCCUCCACCUCCCUUGUCGCAAAGUCGAAUUCGGCUCUAUACGCGUGUUUCGCCAUCAUCGGAUUCUUCGGCGGGUCUGUCAAUAACACCAUUGGGCCCCGCUGGACUCUUUUUAUCGGUACAUUUGGGUACGCGGUGUACGUGGGUAGUUUGUGGUGUUUAGACCGUGGAGGCCCAGAGGCAUUCGUGAUUGCUGGGGGCGCUCUAUGUGGGUUGAGUGCCGGAUUGUUGUGGACUGCGCAAGGAUUUGUGGUCAUGUCUUAUCCGCGUGAACAUGAGAAGUCGAGGCACUUUGCGUAUCAGUGGAGUAUGUUGGGUGUUGGCGCGGCGAUCGGAGGGUUGAUCCCAUUCGCACAAAUCAUGAGGAAUGGAGGGAAGAGUGGUGAUAAGGUGUCGACGGGGAGUUACGUGGGGUUUUUCAUUGUGAUCUGUGUGGGAAUCGUUGCGUCGUUCUUCCUCGCCGACCCAGCGGUUGUCAAACACAAGGAUGGCACCCCGGUUACGACUACGAAGCCCAUGAACUUCCGUGAUGAAUUCAAGAGCGUCUGCGGUCUCGUCUUCGACUGGAAGAUCAUGGCCCUUGCACCGGCAUGUCUCGCGAGUAACUGGUUUUACGCUUACCAAUUUAGCAUGAACGCCUUCUACUUUUCCCUCCGCUCCCGAACACUCAACAGCAUGAUCUACUGGCUCACCCAAGUCUUCGGCACCUUCGGUAUCUCUGCUAUCCUUGACGCAACAGCCCUCGGUGACCGACGUCGUCGCGGCAUAAUUGGACUCGCCGUUAUCUCCAUUUUCGUCCUCGCAACCUGGUCUGGCGGUGCAGCCUUCCAAUCAACUUUCUCCGAACAUAACCCCUCCCCUUCCUCGGACUGGACUGACUCGAACUGGGCAGGUCCAUUCGUGCUCUACGUUCUCUACGGCAUGGCAGAUGCCAUGUACCAAUCCUACUGCUACUGGCUCAUGGGCGCCAUCACGAACGAUCCGUGGACUUUGGCUCGAUAUGCCGGGUUUUACAAGGGAUUGCAGAGUGCGGGUGGUGCGCUGAGUUUCGGGAUCAGUGCGGCGGGUGUGGGGUUCAUGAGGCAGUUGAUUGUUUGUUUCGUGUUGCAGGGUGUGAGUUUGCCGUUGAUGUUCGUUGUUGCGAAGACUGUCAGCAAGACCAACUACGCGAGUGGGGAGGACGCAGAGGAGAAGACAAGAAUGGAGGUUGGGGAGAAGGAUGCCGCGGUUAUCAGUGUUGCCUGA